UGAUUAUCUUUGUAGAUAAAAAAGUAUAAAAGUUAACAAUUCUGACAGUAUACCCUUCUAUCCUUCAAAGAUGAUUGUACGAUGGACCAUUCUGGCAAUUUAUAUUGCCACAGCAACAGUGUGUGAAAGCAGUGCAGUAACCAGUCAGGUUGAAGGGGCCGAAGUCUGUUACGACAGACUCGGCUGUUUUGGAAAUGACAAGCCCUGGGCAGGAACUGUUGAGAGGGACAUUUCUCAGCUGCCCUGGAGCCCCGAGAGAAUCAACACCCGUUUCCUCCUCUUCACCAGGCAGAAUUCAAAUUCAUUCCAGGACAUUACAGCCAUCAAUCCAUCUACUAUCUCUGCCUCUAACUUCAGGAGCAACCGAAAAACUCGAUUCAUCAUACAUGGCUUCAUUGACAAGGGAGAGGAAGGCUGGGUAACUGACAUGUGCUUGGAGAUGCUCCAGGUGGAAGAUGUGAACUGUAUUUGUGUGGAUUGGAAAGGUGGCUCAAGAUGUCCAUACACACAGGCUGCCAACAAUAUCCGUGUAGUCGGGGCAGAAGUUGCAUAUUUUGGAGAAGUCCUGCAGACCCAGAUUAACUAUCAUCCAGCCAAUAUCCAUAUCAUUGGCCACAGCCUGGGGGCACAUGCUGCUGGAGAGGCUGGGAAGAGGAAGCCGGGAAUCUCCAGGAUAACAGGCCUUGAUCCUGCUGAGCCAUACUUCCAGAAUACUCCCAUCGAGGUCAGGCUGGAUCCCAGUGACGCUGCCUUUGUGGAUGUCAUCCACACAGACGCAGCCCCAAUGGUUCCCAACCUUGGUUUUGGAAUGAUUCAGGCUGUCGGUCAUGUUGACUUUUAUCCAAAUGGUGGUGAAGAAAUGCCAGGAUGCAACAAAAAUGCUGUUUCCCAAAUUUUGGAUUUUGGAUUUGGAUUGGUUUCUCAAAUUGUGGAUAUUGAUGGAAUCUGGGAGGGAACUCGUAAUUUUGUGGCUUGCAACCAUUUGAGAGCUUACAAAUACUAUACUGACAGUAUCAAACAGAGAGAUGGGUUCAUAGGCUAUCCAUGCUCUGGUUACGGGCAAUUUCAGGAGGGCAACUGCAUACUGUGUCCAAGUGGUGGCUGCCCAGUUCUGGGCCACUACGCUGAUUCCUAUAACCCUCCGGUUGGUGCAAUAAACCAGAUGUUGUAUCUCAAUACUGGCGACGCAGCACCUUAUGCACGGUGGAGGUACAAAGUGUCUGUAAAGCUAUCGGGAAGCCGUGCUGUUAGCGGGUUCAUUAACAUUGCUCUAUACACAAAUGAGCAGUACACAAGAUGGCUUCAGAUCUUCAGAGGGAAGCUUGAACCAGCAGGAACAUACACAGCUGGAAUUGACGUGGAGGUUAAUUUGGGUGACCUUACUAAUGUGAAAUUUCUGUGGGACAGCAGUCUGUUUAACCCUCUCCAGCCCACUCUUGGAGCUGAGACAGUGACUGCUCAGAGGGGAAAGGAUGGAAAAGUGUUCCGUUUCUGUGGUGCAGGAACCGUGCGAGAGGAAGUAUUGCAGACACUAACUCCGUGCUAAAGUUCAUAAGAUGUACACAGAAUAUCACCAUACCGUACAUAUUUCUGCUAAUGCAAGCACAAUGCUGAAGCAAACAGCUUCAACUAUGAUAAACCAUAAUGUUGAAAUUAAUAGAUUCAACUUUUAAACUUUGAUGUUUCAAUUAUGUCUUUGUUAUGUGCAGAAUGAAUUCGAAUACAAUAGUGCUAUUUUUCAGUGAAGGAUACUUAGCUUCUUUAUUGUGUAACGUGCAACAUUAAUUGUUUCAUUUUCAUUUGCAUGCAUGGAAUUCCCAGGAAUAUCCUGGUGCCCGUUGCUUGGGAUAAUAUCUGGAUUCCCCAUGACCCUGUGUUGGAUAAAGCAAUUAGAAAAUGUAUGUUUAGUUUUGAGAAUUUAAUACAAGCCAAUAUAUAAGAUACAUGAUGUGAUCCUUAUGUUUUAAUAGAAUUUCGUACAAAGUAUUGAGAUGGGAUGGCUUUAAACUGGAUUUUUUUUUAACUGCUCUGUUGCCUUCCCCCAUCACAAAUUACAGCAUUGUAGUGCCAUGUGUUUCCAACAGCAUUUUAAUGUGUGCAUGCUCUGAUGCCCAGCUGGGCAAGCAUUAGUCUUUAUCAAUAAUGUCAAUAUUACAUAUUGGCAGUGUGAUCUUUUACAGAUGUUUUGAGACUGACAAGCAUACAAUGUUUAUGGAAAAAGUCUAAACAACAAAGAAGGCCAACACAUGUCUUAAUUUCAAUGUAGUUGUUUCUGUAUGUGACCUUCUUUGUAGAUGUUGUGCAUAGUAGACGACAUCAGAAUGAGUCAUUAAAUGUCUCUGUUAAUAACUGCCUAAAAACUUCCUUCAGCGGGUGUAAUAAAGAAAUGUGGGUUGUUGUCAAUAUUGCCCCUGACACCGCGUAGCUUCAGUUAAAGGAAUUGAACUGUACACUGUGUAUUGGAUAAGCAGUGUAUUAAUCUGAUCAAUAGACAGCAAAAGAAACUGAUGUUGCUGCUUCUGAGACCGAUGAUGUCGCAAGUGAAUUCUCAAAUGUAGUUUUAAACUUGCUCCUCAUUCUAGAAAAUGUCCAUUUUAUUCUGACUGUUCAAAAUCUGCCUAAUGGCUAUUCUUUGUCAUCAAACUGGCACUAAAACACAGUACAA